CCCAUCUUCUUUCAGUCAUGUUACACAACUUGACACUUAAUAUACACUUUCAUCAAACAUUCAACUGAUCUCUACCUUAAUCUUCCUACAUAAUCUACAUAUAACAUUAAACACUGAACAUUGAACAUUAAACAUACAUACUUAUACAUACAUCAAUCAUACCCAAGUAGAUGUAGUCUUGCUAAUAUAUAGGUAUCAUCUCAUUGAUGUUCCUCAUACAUAAUACAUUUCCUCAUGUUUCUACAUACCAUACCAUAAUAGUACAUACGUACACUCUUCAUUCAUUUUAAUAUAAGUUGCUGGAAAACAUACCUUCUUAUUACCUUCUUGUUACCUUCUUACUACCUUCUUACUACCUCCUUACCUAAUAAAUCAGAUGGACGAUUAUCCGGAUGUGCCUUCGUCAAAGGCAAUGCUAGCCACGGCGUUGGCAAAAGCAAACACGGCAGUUCAACUGGAUAGCACUCAAUCUUACGAAUUCGCACGAAAAUACUACGAAGAGAGUUGCGGGCUUCUCUCAAAACUCAUCAACAGAGUCCCCAAAAAGGAGGACAGAGAUAAACUAAUAACCAUUCGUCAAACAUAUCUUAAUCGAAUAGAACAGCUAAAAGCGCGUUGCAUAUCAAGGGGGUCGUCGUAAUCAGGGAAAACGGGCAUUGCAUUUUUGGCGUCAAGGAGCAUUCAGGGCUGUUUAUAUAAGCAUCAAGCGAGUAGGAUAUACCACCGUCAUGUCUAGGUUAAUGGCAUCAGGCAUCGAAAGUCCAGGGUUGAGUAGCAAGGGCUAUCUCAUAAGCAUGUGG